AUGAAAGAGUAUGUACCAUUUGUGCUCAACUCCACUAUACCAGACCUACUAUUGGCUUUAGAACUGGGUAUCUUUGCUCAUCCUGAUCCUUUGUUUCCGUAUCCAGCAGCUUAUGUUAACGGGUUGUUGAAGUAUCUUGGGCCUGUUGGUGGAGAGGUAUCUGUAAGUACUAUUUAUGUAUCUGUAUAUGUAUAUGUAUGCUAUUAUAGAUGACAUUAAUGUUCAACACGGUAGCCUUUGCCCUAUCAGCCCAAUGUUAUUGUAUCAUAUAUCGUUACGCUAUGUUGAUGGAUGAUUCUUGGUUUUUUAAGAAAAUUGUGAAAAAGUCCUCAUGGUGUAUUGUACUAGCCGGAAAAGCCUGUGCAAGUAUCGGGGUUGGAGCUCUUAUCCACACACUAUCUUUGGAAGGAGAUGUGAGUUUAUAUUCUUAA